AUGAAAAGUUUUGCGACAUGCUGUACAAUUCUUGGAGGAUUUAUUCUUAGUUUUGGGCUUCUCUCUCUUUUUAUCAAGGAGCGGCUGUACAUCGCGGAAACAACCGUUGCAACCAUCUACGGACUGCUGUGCAAUUAUCUCUUCAAAAAUCAAGAAGAUAUGCUGCCCAUUGGCAAUCUCAAAAACCCGCAGUUUAUGUUCCAUUUUUCUCACAUUAUAUUGUCCCUGCAGCUUGUGGCUGUGGGAGUAACAGUGCCCAGGAUCUUUAUCAAGAAAAACUGGAAGCCUUUAAUGGUCCUGCUAUUCCCGGUUAUGCUGAUUAUGUAUGCAAUAUCCAGCAUCAUCAUCAAAUACGUCUUUUCUUUGGACUGGCUCUCUGCGAUGAUCAUUGGUGCGUGUGUUACGCCAACAGACCCCGUCCUGGCCAGUGCUGUGAUCAAGGGAAAGUUUGCAAAUAAGUAUAUUCCAUCGCGGCUGAGAUACUUGCUCGCUGUAGAAAGCGGUGCUAACGAUGGGCUGGGAUUCCCUUUGCUUGCUCUUCCGAUUCUGCUGAAGCAGUACAGCGGAGAAAGCAACCAGAUUUUUCUUGCUCUGAAAGAGUGGCUAUUUACCACAUGGGGCUUUGAAAUUCUGCUGGCAAUCAUCAUGGGCGUGGUGAUAGGCGCAGCAGCUAGAAUUCUUCUGAAAUACAGCGUUAAGCGGAUGCUCAUUGACAAAGAAAGCUUUUUAGCAUACUCCCUGGCGCUGGCCAUUCUUGUAACUGGUGUAACGGCUUUUAUAAAAAGCGAUGACCUGCUGGCGGUGUUUGUUUCCGGUCUGGUUUUCUCCUGGGACGAGGAAAUGGUUGUAGAUAUGAAGAAUUCGCACGUUAUGGAAGUUGUGGAUCUGAUUUUCAAUCAGUCGUUUUUCAUAAUUCUUGGGAUAAUUCUUCCCACCAUGCAGUUUAACUGGGAGAUCGUCAUUGCAUCUGUGCUGAUUCUUCUAUUCAGGAGGAUGCCCGCCCUCAUACUAAUGAAGCUGUGCGGCGCUCUUCCAGAGUUUAACACGAGAGAAAUACUAUUUGCUGGAUGGUUUGGGCCAAUAGGCGUUGGUGCAAUAUUUUUCGCGUAUCAUGCAAAACAUGAGCUAGGAUCACAGGCAGGCGAGCGUUUGAUAGACAUUGUUUCUGCCAUUGUUUUUUCCAGCAUUUUGGUGCACGGAACGACUGCACCCAUCAUUCACAUGCAUUUGAGAAGAAAGCACAGAAAGCACAGAAAGUCUGCGAGAAGAAUAUACGAGUCAGAUACAGAAAUAGAAAGAGACACUGAGAUGCAAAAUUUACAAGAAAUUAUCUAG